CGCCGGUGCCGCCCCGCGGCGGGGGCGGGCGGGGCCGCCCGUCCGGUUCCGGGUCGGCGGAAGAUGGCGGCGCCCAUGGAGCUGUUCUGCUGGGCCGGGGGCUGGGGGCUGCCCUCGGUGGAUCCCGACUGCCUGGCUGUGCUGACCUACGCGCGGUUCACGGGGGCGCCGCUGAAGGUGCACCGGGUCACCAGCCCCUGGAGGAGCCCCUCCGGGCACCUACCUGCGCUGAGGACACAGGACGAGGGCACCAUCUCCAAAACGCAGCAGAUCAUCACACACCUCAGGAAACAGAAGUACAACGCUGACUACGACCUGUCGGCCACGCAGAGCGCGGACACGCUGGCCUUCGUGUCCCUGCUGGAGGAGAAGCUGCUGCCAGUACUGAUCCACACCUUCUGGGUGGAUGCCAAGAACUACGUGGAGCACACGCGCAAGUGGUACGCGGAAACCAUCCCCUUCCCCCUCAACUUCUUCCUGCCCAACGCCAUGCACAAGCGGCACCUGGAGCGGCUGCAGCUCAUGUGGGGUGAUGACUACAUGGAGGAUGAGGAGAAGCUGGAGAAGGAGCUCUACCGGGAAGCUCGGGAAUGCCUGACACUCCUCUCCCAGCGCCUCGGCUCCCAGAAGUUUUUCUUCGGAGACUCGCCGGCCUCUCUUGACGCCUUGGUCUUCAGCCGCCUGGCGCCGCUGCUGAAGGCCAAGCUGCCCAACGGGAAACUGCAGCAGCACCUGAAGUCCCUGCAGAACCUGUGCAACUACUGCACCUCCAUCCUCAGCCUCUACUUCCCCUGGGACGGAGGUGACCCCCUGACGGGUGCCCCUCGGGCUGCGGGCACGGACCCCAGYGAAGCAGAGGAGGACCCCCACAAGCGGCGCAACCAGCUGCUGUCGGUGCUGGUGGGGCUGGCGGCCAUGCUGGGCUACGCCUUCCUGAGCGGCAUCGUSUCCAUCCAGCGCGGCGGCGUGGGGCCGGCCGGCCGGCAGCCCAUCGCCAUGGAGGAGGAGGAAGAGGAGGAGGAGGAGUGAGGAUGAGCUGUGACUGUUCCUCUCGAGCCCCUGGACUGACUGUUUUUACGCCGGGAGCCUGGGGUCGUUGCUCCCUGUGGGUGUCCCACCAGGAACCGCCGCCGUCUCCACGGGAGCGCCUGUGCCACGCCAAUAAACCUCCCUCUCUCCUCCUGCUCUCGUA